GGAAGUUUAUCUAUAGAACAUAACUUUUUUAUUCAUGUGAAAACUAGGGCAUGGAAUCAAUUGAUAUAAAACUGUACAACUUUAAAGAUGUUUACCACUGGAAAUCACCUGAAACGUUUGUUCGAUGGUGUCUCUCAUUUUUCAGAUAUCAUUGAUAGUCUUUGUUGGUUUGACUUCAAUACAUAGUCAACAGUUAUUUACCAAUUUAGAUGGAAUAAAUGGUCAACAAGUAAUUUCAAAUGUUAAUGGGAUUAUACCUGGUAUCAAUGGAAUAGAUGACCAAGAAACAUUAACUCAACCUAAUGAAAUAUUCUUGAUUAAUGACGUCAAUGGAGGAAGAGUUUCUCCCGGUUCCAUUUCAAAAUCAUGUGACGGUGCUUUUUUGGGUGGUUUAACAAUCGGAAGGUUGAUUGCACCAGUACCUAUGGCGGACGGAACAAUGAUGACAACGGCACAAGUAAUGAUGAUGAGAUUGAUGAACAUGAUGACAGGAAGUCCAAUGGCCCCAAUGAUGUGCCAACCACAACCAGUUACGACGCCGUGUCCCACAAUGGCUUGUCCCCCACCACCUCCCAUAAAAACUGCUGUUUGCCCACCAGGAUGGAUCUUAUUCAAAGAUAUAUGCUAUAAAUUUUCUUCUGAUAAGAAAAACUGGGAUGAUGCAAAGAAAAAAUGUGAAAAAGAAUACGCAAUCCUUGCCGAACCAGAUACUAAAGCAGAGAUAGACUUUUUGAAAAUUCUGGCUAGGAUACCUGGUUAUUCGUGCCGCGAAAACUAUUGGAUUGGUGGGAAAGAUCGCAAUCCGCCAAAAGACGAUUAUGUUUGGACCUCAAGAGGUGUAAGGGUAAAAAUUGGAGCCACUGAUUGGGCAAAGGGUAAAGCGACUCCAAGACAAGAAGCCUGCAUGGAAAUGUGUGCAGGAUUUGAUCAUAAAUGGAACGACAUUCGGUGUACAAGCAUACGCAAAUAUAUCUGCCAAAAAAGUGCAACUUAUGUUUAAGACUAAGGCCAGGAAAACAGGAAGAGUACAAUACAAAAUCGGCAUGGACAUUUCAAAAUUACUUUAAUAAAUAUUUGUUGAA